AUGGACGGUGAUAAGGAUACAGUCAUGACAGACCCGCGCAAGGUUUCCACCUUGCCUUCUCACACUGCUUCCACGUUGUCGACUGUUUCUCUGAACCCCCAUCAAAGAGCGGAUUUAACUCUGACUCCUUCAUUGAUCCCCCAAACAGCUUCCAAGUCUCCAUCAUCUGCAUCUGACCGUGCCUCACUACGAGACCAGGCGGCUUCAGGUAACACAUCCUCCCCCGACCGGUUCAUCAAACCGAGCCCCUCCGAGAGCAACUCGGCAGAGAACUCUCUUAAUCGAGCUGACAGCUUGGUUGAACCUAACUCGGAUUGGUCUGAUAACGACAUGGACACCAAAAGUGGCCUCCCCCUAGGGUCCUUAGCAACCGGCCUUUGUUAUGAUGUGCGAAUGCGCUAUCAUUGUGAGAUUCGGCCCAUGUCAGACGUUCAUCCGGAAGACCCUCGGCGCAUCUACUACAUUUACAAAGAGCUCUGUAACGCUGGUCUCGUUGAUGACCCAGAUUCAACUCAACCAUUAGCUCCACAGACCUUGAAGCGCAUCAAUACUCGAUAUGCUACCGAGGGGGAAAUUUCCACUAUUCACACCGAAGCGCAUUUUGCAUUUGUGAAGAGUACCGCCGGAAUGUCUGAUGAUGAUCUCGUGCUCCUCGAACAGCAACGAGACUCGAUUUAUUUCAAUCAAUUGACGUUUGAAACUUCGCUCCUAUCAGUAGGCGGAGCAAUUGAGACUUGUUUAGCAGUCGCUCAGCGUGAUGUGAAGAAUGCGAUCGCCGUUAUUCGUCCGCCUGGCCACCAUGCAGAAGUUGACACAGCCAUGGGAUUCUGUCUAUUCAACAACGUCUCAGUUGCGGCACGCGUCUGUCAACAGAAGCUAGGCGAAGCUUGCCGGAAGAUUUUGAUCCUUGACUGGGAUGUUCAUCAUGGCAACGGAAUCCAAAAAGCAUUCUACGACGAUCCUAAUGUUCUCUACAUCUCCAUUCACGUUCACCAGAAUGGUAGGUUCUAUCCUGGUGGCAAAGAGGGUGACUGGGACCACUGCGGUGAAGGGCCUGGGACUGGAAAGAACGUGAAUAUUCCUUGGCCCAAGCAAGGUAUGUGCGAUGGUGAUUACAUGUUUGCUUUCCAGCAAGUUGUGAUGCCCAUUGGCUUCGAAUUCGACCCGGAUUUAGUCAUCGUCUCUGCCGGAUUCGACGCGGCCGCAGGAGAUACACUCGGUGGUUGUUUUGUGUCCCCCGCUUGCUAUGCUCAAAUGACGCACAUGCUCAUGACUCUUGCAAACGGCAAAGUCGCAGUGUGCUUGGAGGGCGGAUACAAUCUCCAGUCUAUUUCCAAGUCGGCACUUGCAGUGACCAAGACCCUCAUGGGUGAUCCUCCGGACCGCCUGCAUAUCACUACGCCUUCUGAUGAGGCGAUUGCGACCGUUCGUCGUGUUAUGAGCUUCCAAGCCCCGUACUGGCGCUGUAUGUUCCCUAAACCAGUGGAAAUACAAACCAAUAAUAAGGUCUGGACUUCACUAAAUGAUUUUAUUCGUCGGGGUGAGGCAGAGAAGCUGUACCAAAGUUGCAAGCUCACAGAGCUAUACAUCUAUCGAACAAGCAUCUCAAAAUCAUUUGAAAACCAAGUUCUGGCAAGCCCGAACUACACCGAAGACGUUCCUCUUGUUGUCAUUUUCCAUGAUCCCUCCGAGCUCCUGGGAAAUCCUCAUCACGUUACAAAUAAAUUAGAGACCCAUAAUUGUUGGCUGGCUGAUAUUCAACAAAUUUACGUUGAAUGGAUGGUGAGCAAAGGCUAUGCGGUUAUUGAUGUCAACAUCCCUAUGCACGUCACCCGAGAUGAGGCCACUGGCAGAUACCAGGAUGAGGAUGGCGACCGACCCCACGCAACCGGGGAGCUGGCGGCUUACUUGUGGGACAAUUACAUUGAGCCAUACCAACGUCCUGAUAUCUUCUUCAUUGGUGUCGGCACUGCCUUUUACGGCAUUACAUCCCUGCUGAUCAACCGAGACAAUCUGUACCAAAAAGUGAACAGUGUCAUCUCGUUCGUCUCGUCUCAUCCCGUCCGUGCAGUUGCAUCCCCCACGCAGACGUGGAUGUCGAAAUGGUACCGCGAGAAUUCGCUGGUCUUUGUUUCCCACAAACAUGGAGUCUGGGAUCGUACCCCGUCCAAACGUUACGGAUCGCUCCGCAAGUCUCCCCAAUCCACCCUCACCGAGAUGCUCGGAGAGCACAAAGAAGAGGUCUUUGACUGGAUCUCCAGUCGCGUCGAGGCUCACGCCGCAGAAGACAACGAGGACUUGGAUAUGCAGGAUUAG